AUGAUCUGUCACGCUUUGAUCAUUCUCUCCGUUCUAGUCUCCGCCGCCUCCGUCGGAGAAGGAUCAACGCCGGCGUACACUCCCACCGAUGUCUUUCUCUUCAACUGCGGCGCUACCGCCGACAGCAUCGACAACGAUGGCCGGAAUUGGGCGGCGGAGAAUCCGGAAAUUCUGUCUUCGGAUUACGCCGACGCGUCGUUCCCUUCGGAAGCAUCGUUCCAAGACUCGGGGGUUCCUCAGGUGCCCUACAUGACUGCUCGGAUUUUCGAAUUCGAUUCCACUUACAGUUUUCCAGUCUCUCCCGGCUGGAAAUUCCUCCGGCUAUACUUUUACCCGAACCGUUACAAAAAUGGUGGUUUCCGUGCCGUCAAUUGUUUAUUCUCCGUCACCGUCAAUGGUUUUACUCUUUUGAACGACUUCACUGCCGAUUUAACGGUAAGGGCUACGAAACCGAAUUCAAAAUCAUUAAUCAAAGAGUUUAUCGUUCCGGUUAAUAACCGGACUCUGAACCUCACCUUCAAGCCGUCUUCGAAUUCGUUUGCUUUCGUUAACGGAAUAGAGAUUGUCUCCAUGCCUGAUCGGCUUUACUCCAAGGGUGGAUUUGACGACAGGAUAACAUACGUCGGUAGCACAGCGGCUUACGAGACAGUUCACUUCAUGAUAGACAACACAACGGCUUUGGAGACCGUUUACCGGUUAAACGUCGGCGGACAAAGCGUGGGCGAUACGGGAAUGUUCCGCCGGUGGGUUUCCGACGAUGAGUUCAUACUCAAUGAAGCUUCGGGACUCAUUACGGUGGGUCCGGCUGUGGAGAUAAACUACACGGAGAAAACUCCGGCGUACGUUGCCCCCGAAGAUGUUUACAAGACGUUCCGCACGAUGGGGAACGUCGAGAACCCUAAACUCAACUUGAAUUUUAACUUGACAUGGCAUUUGAGUGUCGACGCCGGGUUUACCUACCUCGUUAGGCUUCAUUUCUGUGAGACUAUGUUCGAGGUAACCGAACCGGGCCAACGCGUCUUCUCUAUCUUCUUAAGAAACCAGAUGGCUAAGCUUGAAACCGACGUGAUUCACUUGAGUGGUGGUUCUCGGAUUCCGGUGUAUCUUGAUUUCAGUGUAUAUGUUGGUUCCAGUAAUGGCCCAAGACCUGAUCUACGGCUAGACUUGCAUCCUUUCAGCGCCGUGAAGCCAACGUAUCUCGACGCUAUUCUCAAUGGUUUGGAGAUUCUCAAGGUGAAUAAUUCUGAAGGUAACCUCGCUGGACCUAAUCCAGACCAAGAACCUAUGGACUCAAAGGGUAAUCUCGCUAGACCUAAUCCCAACCCAGAAACAUUGGGCGGCAAGUUACAUGUCAGGAUGUUAGCCCUAACAGCUGUUGGUUCUUCGAUUGGUCUGGUGGCUUUCAUUGUUGUCGUCAUGUUGUUGAUACGUCGUAUGAAGAGGAGGAAGAAGAAUAUGAAGGACAAUAGUGUCGUCAUGUUCAAGGAUCUUGAAAAUGGUGAACACACGUGGAUGCUUGGAGAUGAAAUAACCAAAGAAGAAAAAGAGAUUGCAAAGAAGAUGGUCUUGGUGAGUCUAUGGUGUAUUCAACCUUGCCCAUCAGAUCGUCCAUCGAUGAACAGAGUCGUUGAGAUGAUAGAGGGAAGUUUGGAUGCUCUUGAGAUUCCUCGUAAGCCUUCUAUGCAUUUUUCCACAAGGCUUACUCUUGAAUCUUCUUCACUUCCUGAAUCUUCUUCACUUCCUUCACCUUUUUAA